GUAACAACAAUAAAUUAACUUUGUAUUACGCGUCUUCUUUUGGCGCACUUCUGAUUGGUCGGUAUGUUGCGCAGAAGAGGAUGCGCGCGCAUCAGAAUAAAGCCGCGUGUAGAAAACAGUCCGAAAAAUGAUGCCAACAAUACAAGAGCUGAUGGAAAUCGCGUUUCUACUUUCCUACCUUUCAUCGUCUAUUUAGUGAAAGAAAUCUUAUAAUCCAUUAUUCCAGCAGUUUAGGAAAUUCGAGGUUAACUCUACUUUAUUGCUGUAAUCUUAGUCCAUACAUAUUUAUAUAUAUACAUAUAUACAGAUCGAACCGGGUAUGUAUUACGUUUUGGCGGUUCACUAGUUGCACGCGGUAUACGCAGUGGCAGAAAGAAAGAGAGAGAGAGAGAGAGAGAGAGAGAGAGAGAGAGAGAGAGAGAAAGAGAAAGAGAGAGAGAGAGAGAAAGAGAGUAGGUGGUUAUAUUAACACGAAGACUUUAAAGUGGCGGGUGAGAAGUAUACGCAGAGUGAGGUGAAAAACGUAAAAUGGAAUUGCACACGCCGAAGCGCGAGAUGCGUCCUUUAACGGAAGCGUUGCCGUGCAGUCCACCAAUGUGCGAUAGUAUGCUUUAUCCGUGGAACUGGGGCGACGAAGCGAGAAACGUAAACCUUAGCCCGGGCAGCUCGUGCUCGUCUCCGGAAUGUAGGGAGCAUAGCGUGCUAAACACGCGAACUGGGACUAGAUCACGUUCAGGUGGCUCGGAAAGUCAUCGCCGUGGUCGACCAAGAGCCGAUGCUCUUUCCAAUCUUAUGAUGCAAGGAAGCACCUCGCCGAGCAGUAUAAAAUGUACUUAUUGCAGCCGCGUAUUUCCACGAGAGAAGAGUCUCCAAGCACACUUACGUACCCACACAGGAGAGCGACCAUACCCGUGUGAUUAUCCCGGAUGUACAAAAGCCUUUACACAAUCAGGACAGUUAAAAACUCACCAACGAUUGCACACAGGAGAGAAACCUUUUUUAUGUACAGAACCUGGCUGUGAAAUGAGAUUUACACAUGCUAAUAGACAUUGUCCGGAUCAUCCAUAUGCUACUCUCACACGAUCCGAUGAUUUUGUAUUGAAACCAGUAUCGGAGAAUACCGAAUUACCCCAUGAUGUGACUAGAUGGCUAGAGCGUUACAAAAUGUCCAGAGAAAGAGAAGAUAGAACACCUACAGGGAAAAAUGAACGUAAGAAAAAGACAUGGAAGAGUAGUUCUGAAAAUCACAAAAGAGUUAAAUCUAGAAAAGGUCUAAUGAUGGAUGCAACAGGGGAACAAGAAAAUCUAGACUGCAAACAGCCUAAUCAAAGAUUGUAUUGUGGAGAGAGUCAAGAUAGUCAAGAAGAAAGUCAAGAUGAAGAGCCAGCAGUAUUACAAACAUCUGAAGAUGAAGAGAUAUCAGCAAAGUUAGCAAUUACACCUUUAAGAAGACCAUUAGAUAGACUUCAGCCAAAGAAAAGAUGGUUACGCGAAGCUUGUUUAGAGCAGCAAUUAGCUAAACCUUUAAAUUGGGAUGUCAAACCUGUCAAUGUAUCUACAGGUACCUCAUUUAAAAUUAAUAGCAAUCAAAUGCAAUGGAGUUCACCUGUUGAUAAUUCAUCUGCCUUGUUAGAUAAUUCAUGUUUAAAUGCAUGUAAGGAAAUUGAACUUACAAAGUCAAAAGCAGAUCUUCCUUAUGCAUCUGCACAAAUAUCUUGGGAUGCUGAAAAUGAAUCUCUAGAACAAUCUGCAAAGAAAGAAUCAAAAUAUAUGUUUAAAACUUCAAAUACAUUAUCCCAAAACAUUUGGAAUUCCUCACAUCAUAUGAACGAUUUUGUGAAAAACACGAGCCAAAUAAAAACCGAUGUCAAUCAAUCUACUUCCAAGUCUUCCAAAAGUCCGAAUCACACGUAUUGGGACAAUAACUUAACAAACGAACUGCCUAUAUCUCCAUUAAAUCAGUCUAAACCAGAGAUAUAUCCAAGAAAAGAUAUAUCCAAACAAAAUACAUUUAUGAAUUCUCAUAUUAGCGAAAAUGUAACGAGACCGACUGUUUUAAUGUUAGCUGGAAGUUUUAAUAACAACAAUAAUAAUAAUAAUAAUAAAGAUACAAUUUCAGAAGUAUCUCCAAUGGAAUCCGAAACAGGAUUAAAAGUAGUCGUUGUUAAGCAGGAGGAUAAUCUUAUUAAGUUACCAAUUCCUGAAGAUAGUCAAAAAUGGUUGGGUGCUUUAGCUUUGAUGGAAUUAGCUAAAAAUCAAGAAGAUACAGAGAGAGGUAUGAGUUUUAAACAGAACAAAGAUGAAUUUUUUGUUAACACUGAGCUGAAUUAUACCCACUUGUAGACUGUGAUUAGUGGCUAUUGUAGUUUCGUAAUAUUUUUGUAUGGCAA